GGCUGCUUAUGAACAUGAAAACGGUCGUUAUUCUCCUGUUUUUGGCUCUGGCCACAGUUUUUGCUUUAGUUUGUGUCUUGUUGACUAAAAAGGAGAAGGUUACGACUUGUGUCUGCACAGAGCUACCGAGUCCUCCUGAGGAUAUAAAUGGUGAGGAGAGCAACAUAUUUUCCGACUUGACAGAAGAAGAGAUGGCUCAAGUGGUAACGUACCUCAAGGACAACCUCGGCGUCCCUCUACAAGAUGCUCUUCACGCAGAACCAGCAGACAACUGCAUUUACUAUCUGGACGUGUGCCUCCCUGUGAAAGCAGAUGCGUUGGGCUUCCUGGACCACAGUAGGAUUCGACCCCCUCGGCAAGUAUUGGCUGUGGUAUUCUUUGGAGGCCAGCCAGAUCCAAAUGUUACAGAAUUCCUGGUAGGUCCCCUUCCAAAUCCGACGUACCAUCGGGACAUUACACUCAGGAAGUUUGGCAGGAAAGUGCCAUAUCACAGCAGACCAGUGACUGAGAAGGAAUACCGGGACAUUGACUCGUUUAUUUUCCAUGAGCUCUCCAAGGCCCCGACCUUCCUCAAAGACUGCUGUGAGUAUCCCGAGAUGGACUUGGCUACACUGACUACAGCCCCCCGAGGUCUUGAGUCUGGAGACAGAGCUACUUGGUUUGUCCUUUUCCAGAAUGUCUUCGGCAGCGGCUACUACAUCCACCCGGUUGGCUUGGAGAUCCUGGUGGAUCAUAGCAGCUUGGACCGCUCCCAGUGGGAAGUGAAGAACGUGUUCUACAACGGCCAGUAUUACCAGGGCCUUGCACAACUGGAAAAGGACUACAAAGACGGGCGUGUAAAGGAGAUCAGGGUCAAAAGAGUCCAGCCGGAGAAUGACUUUGCAUCCAUGAAGCCGCCGAUGCCACCACCUCCUGCUCCUGCAAGCCCCCUGCAGUUUGAGCCCCACGGGAAGCGCUACAGUGUCACGGGCAGCCGUGUGCUCUACCAGUCAUGGAGCUUUGCCUUUGGGAUGAACGUGAACACCGGGCCACGUCUCUUUGAUAUCAGGUUUGGCAAGGAGAGGAUUGUCUAUGAGUUGAGUCUGCAGGAGGCCCUGGCUGCGUACGGGUCUGACUGUCCGGGGGGGAUGUCCACCAGAUACAUGGACGGCAGCCUUGGCAUUGGGAAGUUUUCUUUUGAGCUGGUGCGGGGCGUGGACUGCCCCUAUGCGGCCACCUACGUGGACCGACACUACUUGAUCGAUUCUGAUACCCCCAGGCUGAACAAGAACUCCUUCUGCAUCUUUGAGCAUGACAUGGGGGUGCCCCUCCGUCGCCAUUUCUCCAACAUGGGCUCUUUUUAUUAUGGGGGGCUAGCCCAAUAUGCCCUGGUCUUAAGGGCUGUUUCCACCCUUAUCAACUACGAUUACGUCUGGGAUUUUGUUUUCUACCAAAACGGUGCUAUAGAAGUCAAGGUCCAUGCCACCGGAUACAUCAGCUCCUCCUUCUUCACCGGCAAGGGAAAGGCGUACGGGAACAGGGUCGGGGAGCACACGCUCGGGACCAUGCACACUCAUCUGAUGAACUACAAAGUAGACCUGGAUAUUGAAGGUAGGUCCUCC